UCACCAUGCAAUUCAAUUGUAUUUUAGUGAUUGCCCUUGUACUUUGUGGUUUUGGAGGAGUUAAUUGCAUAGGUUGUCAGCCGGGUUGGAAUCAGUUUCAGAAUAAAUGCUACUGGUUCAGCCAUACUGCAAGACCAUGGGGAGAGGCUGAGGCAAUUUGUUUGGGUUUUCACUCUAAACUGGCAGAACCUAGAACUCAUGCAGAGUCUGCUUAUCUCAUUAGCCAUUUUCAAAGUCUUCAUGAUGCCAGUUUUUACUGGAUUGGAAUCUCUGACUUGAUAGAAGAAGAUCGCUGGAUUUAUUCUUCUAACCAGCAACCCAUCACUGUGAAUGACUUUUAUACGGGUGAGCCAAAUCAACAUACAGAUGCAAAUUGUGUUGCUUUAUGGGAUGUUGGCCAUGGUAAAUGGGCUGAUGAGCCCUGUGGACACGUUUUUAGAUUUGUAUGCGAGACAGAUGUCGAUGAAGGAGGUGAUGUCGUUGGCUAACUCCGACUGUAUCGAAAUUCAAGGAAAAGAUAAAAU